UUCCCGGUUUGUUUUUCUGGGUUUCUUCAUUCAACCAGAUUAAAAUUUAUCGUACAAUGGCUUCGGUCAUUGUCAGCGGUCAGAGACCUCUCCAGAAUGCCAUGCGACUCGUAAGGGUGGCUAUUCAGUUGGAUACGGGUAACAGACAUAAGGAGGCUUACUGUGAAUACUUAAAAAGUAUCAACUACAUCUCACAUGCCCUACUUCAGGAUGCAGCAUGUAAAGCUGAGGGAGAGAUGGAGGACCUGGAAGUGGAGAAGAUGGUGAAGCUUGUUGAACAAUGUCUAGAGAGAGUGAAAUCCUGCAUAGGGAAACGGAAUGACACAUCUGAUCCUGACUCGUCAGCCACACCGGUUCACGGAACCCCACUCACACAGAUCACUGCUCAUGUUUUGAAUGUUGUAGCCAGUCCCACAAAGUCAGAUGAAACAGCGAUGGAGUCAAAGACCCAAAGUAAACCAAGCUCCAGACAUCGCAGGGUGCUCUCAGAAGGUGAAGGGGCAGGAUGCCCUUUCUUGCCCCCCGAGGUCUUCCAGAAGCUGCAAAUAGUGGAUUCUCAAGACAGCAAAAAGGAAUUAACGCCUAUUGAGGAGGCUUCACGUCUGAACCAGAAACUAAAGGCAAAUUAUGAGGCACGUCUGGCAAGGCUUGCCCCGAGUCAAGCCACACAAAAAACCUCACUAACCCUCUCUCUCCAGAGACAGAUGAUGGAGAACCUCAUCAUAGCAAGAGCCAGACAGGAUGCUCUCCAGAGAAAGAUGGAAGAGAGGAGACUCAGACUGCAGGAGCAAGCUAACAGGAGGUUUUCGUCUUCAGGAACGUUGACACCUGAGGAACAGGAGCAACGGGUUCUGUAUGCAAAUAUACUGGAAUAUGAACAAGAUAAUGAGUGGCCUAAAGUUUGGAAAGCUAACCUGAAAAAGAACCCGAACGAUGCAACUUUAGUUUCAGGUCUUGUCACCUACCUUUUGAGCUGCCCAGAUCAUCCAGUAAUGAAACUUUUGAAAAAGCUCCAAUAUCAAGUGUAUAACAAGCUGUAUCCUAUAGUGAGCCAGAGUGUCCCCUCCAGCCCACUGCCUGGUCGCUCUCUGUCCUUAAAACCCUCCCGCAGUGCCCAGAGCCUGCUCUUCACUGACAGCCCCAAAGGUCAGCUCAAAUCUGGCCUGGUCCACAGCCUGUCGGAUGCAUCCAUUUCACUCUCGCUGGUUCACGACCUCAAUACCACAGACACAGAACCUGAGCUGGAUUCGGAAGAACCCGUGACUCCAGCCCCUCCAGACCGAGAGAACUCCUUUGAGGAUCUGGAGCAGUUUCUGGCUCAGUUGGGCUGGAAUCCUUAUCAGAGUGCUGAUGAGACAGUCUCAUAUGUGACCUGUGACUCAACCCACGGCGACUUGGAAGUUCACGUCCUGGGCCUGGAGGAACGAGCUUUGAAGGAACAUCUGAAAGCCAUAGUAAAAGACAUUCACAAUGCCAUUGAUCGUCUGUUGUCUCUGUGCCUGCUCUCUUUUGAAUGUCUGAACACCGCAAGUGCCAAAGACCACUGUGUAGCGAGCAUAGAGGAGGUGUUUUUUACCCCGAUCUGGAGCCCUCUACUGGCACUAUUUAGGAGGGUGCACCAGGAGCGAGAGCUAGCUUUUGAAAGCAGCGUUCAACUUUACCGUAAUGCCUCACCUGGUGAUAUUGGUGUGGCAUCCAAACUGUACCCCAAAAACUCAGCUCUCCUGCAUGGUUCCUACCCUUACGAGUCAGCAGUGCAGGAGUUGAGAUUGCUGUGUAGAGACUACAGUCCACAGAGGAAGUUGGAAUGCAUAGUGCGAACCCUGAGACUCAUCUGUGCCUGUGCAGAGCACUACCGGCUCCUUCAAGAGAAUGAUCCGUCGCCCAAAACGGCUGCCAUAGGAGCAGAUGACCUCUUGCCCAUCUUGUCCUUUGUGGCCUUGCGUACUGAACUUCCUCAGCUAGUCUCUGAAUGUGCUGCACUGGAAGAGUUCAUCCAUGAGGGGUAUCUGAUUGGAGAGGAGGGGUACUGCCUAACCUCAAUGCAGAGUGCAUUAACAUAUGUGGAGUCACUUCAUUUAGGUGGAAUUGUGCAGCAGGCUGCCAAGCCCACCUGAGACGGUAAUAAAGAGAUGCAUGUUCAACAGACCACAUCCUCCUCUACUCAGUCUUUCAGCCCAGAGAGUGAACUCCUCAUCCAUUUCAGGGCUCUGUAAGACGUACACAUCCAUCUUCCGUUCUUCAGGGACUGUGGAGCAGGUUACACAAAGUGACUCGAGAGCUCACCGUCAGAGCCUGGUGAGCCCAGAGUCCUACUGUGUUGGAGAGCUAGGUCCCAAAUCACUGUGAAAGACUGCUCGGGUUAGCGGAGUGGAAUGAAAUUGAUGUUAUGAGGGAAUUGGUUGGAGCAGUCGUCACAUUUAAUGGAGACAUGGAAUGAAAUCAAAUGGCGUGCUUAAUUUUUAUUCUCUGUUCACCCUUUUUAAUUGCCUCAUAAUGCCAUUGUUCAGAAUGUUUUAGUAAGAAUGAAUGGAACACUAAAGCACUGCAGGUAUUUUCUGUCUUAAAACGAACUAGGUUAACAUAGAGAAGUAGGACAGCAGUAGUUCUGUGAAAUAUGUUUUGUGCACUGAUGCUUGAAGAGAUUGCAACUCAUGGCAGGGAGAACUUUAGUUUUAAUUGAGCAAUUUCCAGCAAUAUUUUUUGAUUAUGUACCUGGGCAAGAAGAAAAAGAGCCUGUUAAACAUAUGCCAAUUAGGAACAGAGAGAGGACUUUAUUUGGAAUCGUUUGUCCUAGUUCUCAGUAGUAGUAAACAGGAUGAAAAAUGAGAGAGGUUGCAUUGAACUCCUCCUGCCUUUAUUCUCAAGCCAACCCUUUUCUUUCCAUUUCAUCACCUCAUUGUGUGCUUGCAGUGCACAGUUCCUCUGAAUUUUUCUUCAUAUGCUUUGAUUAAUAUUAGGGAGUCAAUUAUGCAUAGGUUGGGAAAAGACAAGAUGUUUAGUAAGUGGUUUUUUGGAGCCAGCCUAGGCUUCAUCCUGAACUGAAGAGUUCAGUGGGCACUUUAAUGAAAAACACUGUUGUAGAAGGAGACAGAUCAGCAAGCUUCAAUAGCAGUAAAUAAAUCUCUGGGCAAUAUCCCACCUUCCCAGAAUCAGCACUGCUGUUGAUGCUCAGACCUUUUAGUACAUGAAAUGCUCAGCCAAGACUUUCUGACUUCAGUGCAAGGUGCUGCUGAAAACGCACUGCAGUACAUUAUAUAUGCUGCUUGUGAACUUUGCACUUUUCACCAUCUUUUAUUCUGUUUACUCUGGUGAUAAUGUGAAAAUAUGUUCUUUAUUCCUUUAGUGUUCUAAUGCACUGUUUGACUUUUAAAUUUGGCUGAAGUCUCUAAUGGCCUUACUAUUUCAUGUUUUAUAGAAUGUUAAGAGCCAAAACAGCAGUUUCACCAUUAAAAAAAUAAACCUAACUAAUUUGAGUAUGCCGUUUAAUAUCUGUUUCCUUAUGGAAAAGUAAAAUUUUAUGCUUUUAUGUGACACUAUUUAGAUGUUUAAAUAUGUUUUACGCUCUGUUUCAAAGAUGCAAAUGAGUUUAAAAAGAAUAUGGGAGGAAGAAAAAAGUUAAAGAAAUUUAAACAUUGCUGUACCACCUCUCUACUGUCUGUAUUAACUGCAAAAAAUCUUCUAGAAUUGUGUAUAUAAAUAUAUGUAUCUAUUUGUGUCCACUAAUGUGACUGUUGUACUUCAUGUAGACUCUACUGCAGUCUUCAAAGAUGUUUGCUACUGAUAAGCUUUUAAUGUGUAUGUGCGUAUAGGAGAAUGAGUGGGAGUGUAUGGCCGGUGUUGGAUUUUCUAACAAUAAAGACUUAAGAAACCA